CUACAUUCUGUCAAUUAAGGAUACGAGCAUGCUAGGUAUUACAAGGAGACCCAUGAUGUACCAUCCUCGAGAAUUCCUAUGUAUCUAUGUUGACGCUUCCUUUAUUAGUCCUCUUGUUGUAGCUGGCCUUGGGGGGGUGGUCAUGGAUCACGAGAAAAAAUGGGUCCUGGGUUGGGGGAAAAAAGUUUACACUAAUGAUUCUCUUGCAGCUGAGUUACUAGGGAUCUUGGAGGCAUUAUAUAUAGUGGAGGCUCACCACCUAAAUCGCUCCAUUAUAUACUCCGAUUGCAAAGAAGCUGUAGAUCUGGUUAAUCACAGGAAAGAAUUUGACAAAGUGGCAAAUAUGGUUAAUGCUUGCAGGCAGUGGCGCACGAGAUUCCAGAGAUUCAGAUUAAACACUGUCGGCGCGAGGGAAACAGAACGGCGGAUGCUUUGGCAAGAAACUGUAGGACUUCGGAUAUGGCUUGUGUUGUAACUAGGGUUCUCCCAUCCCCCCGAGUUAUUGUAGGGACCUUUUAAAGUCGGAUUGUAUGAACCUUAAUAUUUGUACGGAUCUUGAUAUGGAUAUGUAAUUGAGUUCUCUUGUUCACCAAAAAAAAAAAAAAAAAUAACAUAUGUGAUAUACACAGUACAAACAAUAUUUAUUACACGAAAACUUAUAUCUAACACAUCUAACUGUUAGAUGUUUAUCAUCCCUCGUAAAACUAGUUGGAGACUUAGAUUUUGUUUCGAACUGCACUUGUGUGUUUGUCUUAUCCACUAAUUAACGUAAUAGGUAUGGGAACAAACGUCCUAAAUCCAUCUUGUAAACUCUAUAAAUAAGCAAACAAAUUAAAUCUCUUCCAAUCUAUCAUAACCUAUUAUACUUUGACCUCCUCCAACAGUACGUACUAUCCUAUAUUUUCAACAAAUAAAAGAAUCACCCAGGGCAACGGCCGUAUUGAACUAAACAUGGCUCUACAAGUACACAAAUUUGUCUUUCUUCUCAUAAUUGUUGGCUUAUCUUAUUCUUCCUUAUUAUGUUGUGGAAGAAACAUUCAUGGUUACACCGAUGACCCCAUCAUUAUUCGAAGAGGUCUUCGUGCUGUUAACCAAAAAACCUUCAAUGUCGAUGAUUAUGGAGCUCAGGGAGAUGGAAGUGCAGAUGACACCAAGGCAUUUGAAAAAGCUUGGAAAGAAGCUUGUUCAUCUUCGGGAGCGGUAUUUUUGGUGCCAGGCAAUAAGAAUUAUGUUCUCAAGCCAAUCACAUUUUCAGGCCCGUGCAAUUCACCUAUAAAUAUACAAAUUUCUGGAAACAUCUUGGCGUGGGAAGAUCGAUCAGCGUAUGAUUCUCGACAUUGGCUUGUUUUUAAAAAAAUCAACAAUAUACGCGUUCAAGGUGGUGGUGUCAUUGAUGGCAAUGGGAAGAUAUGGUGGCAAAAUUCUUGUAAAGUUGACAAAACAAAACCUUGCAAGUCUGCACCAACGGCACUAGUGUUCAAUGAUUGUGAAAAUUUGGUGGUGAAUAAUUUGAAUAUUCAAAAUGCCCAGCAAAUGCAUCUUUCUUUUAAUGGAUGCAAUCUCGUUAAAGCUUCUGGACUCACUAUUACUUCUCCUGAGGAUAGCCCUAACACUGAUGGCAUACACAUUACAAGCACCAAAAAUAUUCAGGUUACAAGUUCGUCCAUCGGAACAGGUGAUGAUUGUAUCUCAAUUGAAACCGGUUCUCAAUCGGUUAGAGCCAUGGACAUUACUUGUGGACCAGGUCAUGGAAUAAGCAUUGGAAGCUUGGGAGACAAAGAAUCUAAGGCUCACGUUUCAGAUAUAACGGUGAAUGGCGCUAAUCUUACUAAAACAACGAAUGGCGUGAGAAUUAAGACUUGGCAGGGUGGAUCAGGAGUUGCAAGUAAUAUAAUAUUCCAAAAUAUACACUUCUCUGAUGUGAAGAACCCAAUUAUCAUAGACCAACAAUAUUGUGAUCAAGAUACACCAUGCAAAAAACAGGCCUCAGCCGUACAGAUAAGAAAUGUACUCUACCAAAACAUAACUGGAACAAGUGUUUCGAAGAAUGCCGUAGUAUUUGAUUGCAGUGAAACGCAUCCGUGUCAAGGCAUUACCAUGCAAAACGUCGAGAUAGAGAGUAGUGAAGGUGACGAAACUGCUCAAGCUAGAUGUGAUAAUGUCAAAUUAUCGAAGAUUGAAGAUGUUUCUCCACAUUGCUAAGCAAUGAGAAUACCCAAGUACCCAACGUCUGUAUCUAUCAUUAAGAGUCAUGUUUAUCUUACUUUUUUUAUUCUAGAUAUAUCAUAUAUUCUAUUCUUAUUUUCAUAUACAUAUAUAUAUAUAUAUAGAUUGAGGAUGUCACCUUAUGUAUAUUGUAUAUAGUACAACAAUAAAUGCCAUUUUAUGAUAUAGAUGGCACGUUAUAGCAUAAUA